CAUGUGUGUCUAAGCAGUGCUCCAGAUGUGGCACACUGUUUAAUGCGGUUUAGGACCAUUCUCGCCUGUGUGCGCCAGAGGUGCGCGUGCCGCCGCGCGCACUGAUGGAGUCACCAAAGCCUCGCGCGCUGUGGACUGUGAGAGAAAUGCUAAGCUAAUUGUUUGGAAGCCGCACUUACCACAGGGCACCGAGCCGCCUGUCUUCAUGCUGCUCUUUUAUCGUUUUCAAAAAGGAAAAAAACACAUUUUUGAAGAAACAAUUUCCACCAAGGAAGCGGUAAAGAAGACUAGUUACCUUUCAGUUUGUCUCAUAUUGUAAAAUACUUGAAGAGAAUAAGUAGGAGCUCAAUUCUGAGGAAGAACAGCUAACAUUUCAGGUUUUACAUUUGGGUACUUCUUUUUUAUGUUUUGUCGGAUAUCGAUUUUUUAUAUUUUGUCGCCACAGAUGUAAGUGUUUUCUCUGGAAUAGCCUCCAUAUACUGGGUAAGAGUAGACUGAAUACAGUGCCUUGGUGAGUCAGAAAUAGAAAUAGGUUAGCUUCGUUGAACUCUUUUGGCAGGAGACUCAGACACAGACAUCAGAAGGGCGGACAGUCACAGUGGCACUGGACAUCACCUAUCAGCAUUCAAGAGCUUCUGAACGGGUGUUGAUGGAGAGGAUUUCGAAUGACAGCCGGAACAGUGGUCAUCACAGGUGGAAUCAUAGCUGCAGUCAUAUUAUUGACUAUUGUUACAGUGCUGUGUUGCUGUAGGUUGCAGUAUUACUGCUGUAAGAGUGAUGGGUCAGAGGAGGAGGAUGAGGAGGAGGAGACUGACUUCACCAAAUCCUUACCCAGUCCAGCACAUCAGUCAAACCCUCCAAACCCUCCGCAUUCUCUACGAGCACCGAGCCCUCCCAGUCCUCCAAGUUUUCUGACUUCACCAAGCCCAAUGAGUAUUCUAUCUCUUCCAGAACACUCAUCCUCUAAGCAGCUUCUCACAACUGCAGAGUUUCAAAAGCCCAAUGGGCCGGCCAUCUGCAGACGCCAUAGCCCUGCUCUAUCCCCUGCUUCCAUACACUCCUACAUGUUCUGCCCCUCAUGCUCUGGCCUACUGCCCUUCUACCUGCCCCGAGAGCAGGGAGUAAGGAAUGGAGGAGGAAGGAUCAGCUACAGGAGCUUAGAGAAGCAAGAGAUAGACCUACCUAUGGACAUAUCCAGCUUUAACAAGCUUAAUCUCAUACGUUCUAUCACCAUGAGGGAGGUGGUGACACAACAGAGCAUCAGUACCGAUGUGUAAUUUCUUAUGAAGACCUGUGUUGAGACUUAAAUUCCUAGAGCAGUGUCACAGUGCUUUUGAUCUGGAAAGGAUAUAAAGAUUUACAUGGGCUAUCUCAACUUAAAGGGUGUAUGAUAAUAGGAUAACCAUAGAAAUCAUGACACAUUUAAAAGACUUUUGUUUAUGAACAACAACAAAGAUUAAACUUUAGAUUAAACUAAAGGAGUAUGAGAUAUGCUAUGGAUAUGUGUACAUGCAUUUAUGUAUGAACAUGUUUUAUUUAUGGAAUUGUCAUAUGUUCUUAUCACAAGACUAAUUAGACUCUAAAGUAAGUAGUUGUAAGUAGUUGUAAGUUUAUCAAUAAUCAUUUUAUCAAUUGUUUUUAACUGCUAUUAGUGACCAAGGGCUUUUAUAAAUAUGUAAAAAAAAAAAAUAUAUAUAUAUAUAUAUUUAUUAUAAACAAAUUGUACCAUAUAAAAUUGUGCUAUAAAGAGCUUUAUUGCUUUUUUUCUCACAGCAGAUGCAACUGUGCCAACACAGCUUUGUUUUUGCUCUGGAUAGUAAGAAGCCUAGCAUACCAGAGGGACAGCCAAAAAGAUAAGUCUAUUAAGUCAUCACUGUCACCUGAGUUUAAAGCAAAGCAGAACCUAAUUACAAAUCAGAUGGUCAAUUAUUAUGUAAGGCUUGUAAGCACAUGAAUGAGUGGAGUCAGAUAGAGUCAGAAAAGGAUAGAGACACAGGCUGCUUGUCAAAGCACAGGUAAUAUUUAUUUAUUUUCAUUUUUCUUAUUAUAGAUUUACAUGCACUAAUGUAGUGGUCAAAAAAUAGAUAAUUUGUAACCUUGUAAUUUUAAAAAAUAUAUAAGUUCACUAAUAUUUCUACAUUUUUCAUAAUGUUUUCCAUUUAUCACUUU